GGCCCUCGAGGGUGGCCGGCCAUGGCUGACGGGCCCAGCCAGCAAACGGAAACAGGGAAUCACCGUCAUGGUCACUCGGAUUGGGUCACUAUCACCGCUACCACUACCCACUACUCCUACCACUACCAGUGUAAAUACUACUACGGCUACAACCAUCGCCCAUAAUACUCCCGUAUACUGUCUGUAAUCACGAGCCGCCCAAGCACAAUGCGAUUCCCGACCCAUCGCCUCGCCGUCCUUUUCGUUGCGCUCACCAGCCUCAUCGUUCUGGCGACAACGGCCGCCUCUCCCGAGCGCGAUGUGGACCUGCUGAAGCGCCUCAUCGAGCCCCCAAAGCUCUCUAAGCGCACGCCCGCGUUACUACGGCGCGCGCGAUUCGGCUGCGACAAUGGCUACGAACAGUGCCCGGGUCUAUCGUAUUGCUGCCAGGCGGGGCUAGUGUGCUUUUCCGACGGAACCUGCGGGAGCAUGUCGGAGCUCGUAUGCUACAAUGGGGAGACGGCGUGUGGGAGUGGAACCAACGCCGGAUGCUGCCCGAUCAAGUCCUCCUGUGUCAGCGACGGAAAGUGUGUAGUCAACAGUGGAGCUGUAGUGAAGCGAUUCACAGGUGCCGCGACGUUUGGCGCGGGAAUGGGGUUAUCGGCGGCUGCUGCUGUUGUGGCGCUGUGUUGAUCCGACCGAUGGCGGAAUAUGUAGCAGGACACUCACUCCCUUUGCGAUGGUCUUUCGGUCUCUGGUCUUUGGUGCUGCUCUUCGAGCGAUUUCGUUUUGGACGAUUAUGUGAUGCGAUAUGGCGGGACGACGAUGGGAUGAACACACGAUACCAUAGAUGAUUUUUUUGUACAUACAUAUGCGCAUGCAGACACCUUCACGUACACGGUACUGCAUGCCCCUCCGUAAUAAUGCACUCACGAUGG